UUCCGGGCGCCGGAUACAGCGCACUGGGCAUGCGGGGCGGACGGGCCCAUUCCGGAGGGCGGGCAGGCCCCGCCGAGAGCCGUAUGGAUAGAAAGCAGGAGCGCCCCGCCCCAUCCUCCCCUGUGGUUGGGAGCGCCCUGUGCGAAGGGGUAGCGGCGGAGCGGGGCGGCGGCGCAGGGCUGGCGGUGCUGGCGGCUCUGCCCUGCGCCAUGAGGCACCUGCCGUACUUCUGCCGCGGGGAGGUCGUGAAGGGCUUCGGCAGAGGCUCCAAGGAGUUGGGCAUCCCCACCGCUAACUUUUCUGAGCAAGUGGUUGAAAGCUUUCCACCUGAUAUCUCUACUGGUAUAUACUAUGGAUGGGCCUGUGUUGGAAAUGGAGAUGUACAUAAAAUGGUUUUGAGCAUAGGAUGGAACCCUUUCUAUAGGAAUACUAAGAAAUCAGUGGAAACACAUAUUAUCCACACCUUCAAGGAAGACUUUUAUGGAGAAAUUCUUAGUAUAGUCAUAGUUGGAUAUAUUCGACCGGAAAAAAACUUUGAUUCCUUAGAGGCACUCAUUUCAGCAAUUCAGGAAGACAUUGAAGAAGCAAAAAGGCAGCUAGAUUCAUCAGAACAUCUUAAACUCAAAGAAGAUAACUUCUUUCAUCUGCCAGAAGGCAAACUAGUAAACAACCACUGAGAAAACCAAUACAGUUUUUUAUUUGUUUGUUUGUUUGAA